GCGAGAUAGAGUGUGGAGCUAAGAGUAAACGAGACGGAGACAAUAAGACUGAAGCUGUCAAACCUCACACAAAAUGCGAGCAAGAAGAAGAAACGGCAGCUCCAACUCACACCAACAACAACAAGAGCAACAACAAGAAGAAGAGCCACAAAUACAAAAACAUCAAAAUCAAAGGUUAAUCCUUGGCCCAGGAUUCUGGCUGCUAAUGUUGCUAAUUGUUGGCCAAGCAGUUAACGGUGCGAAUACUUCCACCAAAAUCGAUGAACCGAAAACCCCAGCUGCCGGGCGGCAGGAUAUGGCCGAGGGAGAGGCAGACCCCUGGGCGGCGCAGGAGGAGGUGGAACCUCAGCGGUUGACCCUCUCGAGGCCGCCGAGAGCCGGGCGGAGCGAGCGCCAGGCGGAGGAGGAUCAAGUGGACAGGUGCCGGCUCUUUGUCGAGGGGGAUCCCACCAAGAACGAGCUCUACAGUCCCGAGUAUCCCAAUCUCUAUCCAAAGAAUAUCAAUUGCACGCGAGUGAUUAAAGCGCCAAAGGGCCAAGUCAUACGCCUGGACUUUCGCAACUCGUUCAAUAUCGAGGCCAAGGAGGAGUGCAAAUUUGAUUUCCUCGAAAUACGCGAUGGACAGUAUGGUUUUUCGACGUCACUGGGAAAAUUCUGUGGCACCGAUUUUCCACCGGAAAUCACCUCCAAGGAGCGAUAUUUGUGGCUGCAUUUCCACUCCGACGAGACCAUCGAGUAUACGGGCUUUAGUGCCGUGUAUGAGUUUCUGGACAGGAAUCGGGAUGCGCCAAGUACGGAUCUCAAUUGCACCAUCGAGCGAGAUGGCUAUGAGGGAUUCGUAAACUCCACGGACGUUCCGGCGGAGAUACGAGAGCAGGUGAUCCGGAAUAAGGUUCCAUUGGAUUGUAUUUGGCGUAUACAAGUCAGGGAGAACUGGAAGAUCUUCAUCAAGUUCCUGGAAUUCAAGCUGAGCAAACCCAAUGAUUGUGAAACUAAUUUUCUGGACUUUUUCCCCGAACAGACCGUCAUGCCUUUAAGAGUAAAGAACUUUUGCGGGUCGGCGGGCGAGAGUAUUACGGCGGAGUCGAAUAUUCUACAUUUGCGAUUCUACGCAGAUCCCAAUGCGAUUAACUCAACCUUUGGUAUUCUGUAUACGGCGUUCCGGGAUAAAGGAGCAGCCUGCACUGUGGAUGAAUACGAUUGCGACGACGCGACCUGCAUUUCAAAGGAUUUGGAAUGUAAUCAGCUUGACAAUUGUAAAUUUCGAUGGGACGAGGAGAAUUGUGGGACUGAAACCCAAGGGCAGUCGGAGCAUGUGAUCAUCAUAGUGGUUGUUUUUGGACUGAUACUCGGCGGCAUGGUAAUGACCUUCAUCGUCAACUGCAUCCGCAAGAUAAUACGCGAUCAGAAGAUAAUUCGGGAGCACAUCCGGGAGUCCAAGGAGAGCAAGCUGGACGAGAUGGGUCGCAACUCCAAGGCCCGUUCGCGGGAGAACAUCUCCAGGCAAAAACACUCGCAAACAUCGCUGCAGAUCUUGGACGACGUCUCGAACCGAUACUACCGCGAGGCAGUGCCCCUCUCGACGGCCUCCAGCAAGGCGGACUUCAAGGACAAGGAGCACAGCAUCCUGCGCCGGCAUGCGGACAUGGCCCAAACGAGCCUCGGCGGCGACGACGGGGAGUCCAGCUCGACCACCACAGCGACCCACGAGAUGAUGACGAAGGCCUCGAUGUCCGCCGCUCCCAUUGGUGCCUGCGACAUGGGCUGCCAAACGAGGGAAUCGCUAUUUGUCAACAGUCCCGGAAUCGGACCCUCGCCCGGAUCCGGACCCCCACCCGGAAUGGGCGGUGUUGCUAUAGGCGGACUAGUAGCUGCUGGUCCUGGCGGCGGAGUUGCCACUUUAAUGAGACAAAAGUCCAGCUCCUCGUCCCUGGGCGGUGGCAGUGGAGUGGGCGUGGUGGCGACAAUGAUGCCGCCGCCACCGCCGAGAUUCUUCUCCACCUUCGGCUAUGAGCCGUCGCCGGCCGUAGGGCACGGAGGUACGCUGACACGGCGCAGCAUGCAACAUCCCCAGCAGCAGCAGCAACAGCAGAUGAUUGUGCCGCGCCAGGAGUCCCUGGAGCUGGAGGAGCGGCACAGUGGACGUUCGCACUAUGGCGGAUUGUUGGUGGCCUCAACGGCGAAGCCGCCACAGGAGAUCUGUCAUCACCACCAUCAGCAUCAGCAGCAGCAACAGCAACAACAGCAACAGCAGCAAAGGAUGCAUCAUGCUCAUCCUGUACAUCCACAUCCACCGACAGUGGCCGCCCGCUUGCCGGUGAUGAAAGGACAUGGCGUGGGAAUCGUUCCAGGACAGACAACGAUCCUGCCUGGCGGCGGCGGCAACAAGCAGCUGCAGCAGCAACAGCAGCAGCAACAUCAGGCGCCCAAGAACGAGGAGUCGAAAGUGUUCAUCGACAUACGGAAUUCAGCACCAGACGUGAUUAUCAUGACGUCCCAUUGACAUUUAAGGAUUGCCCGCCAAUCAGCAAAAAAAACAACAACAACAAGGAAGUCAGGAGGCAGGAGAAAAAGGAGCAACCGAAAGGACAACAGGAAGAGCAACAACAACUGGACAUUGGCCAACAUAUUAACCGCAGCCGCAGCGUCGCUGAUGACACAACAAGGACGAAAUGGCGCGAAGAAGGACACAAGGGAGGACGCCGGUAGGAAACAACGGAAACGCUUUGCAAUCAGCCAGGAGGGCGUCGAGGCCGGAAGGACUUGUACACCACCACCCCAAUCACCCACAGACCAUCCAACCCGACCAACUGCAUCCUGUUUUUUUGCAUCCUGCAGGACUCGUUUCGCACUUCCUUUAUGGCCAUUCGACGCCUUGUUUUUAAAGGCCACUCUUUAAAUGGCCAUCCGAGCACUUGCCAAGGAAAUUAACGAAAUGAAUCCUUUUGAAACUUCUGGUUCGUUUAAAACAAUUUUAAAACUUUUGCCAUAACUAUUCUGGCGCAAAGUUUAUAACGCGAUUAUAUGGAAUUUAUUUUCACACUUAUCGGUUGGCAAAAACCAGCUCCCCCCUACCAGCCUCACUCCCCAGCCAAAUCAAUAACAAAAUAAUAACAAUGCAGGUAUUUUGUUGAUGUUUUAAACUGUUACGUUUAUAUUAUUGGUAGAAGAGAUCCUUUUUUUUCAAUUCUCUAAGGAUUAUUGAAUAUUUAUAACAUUUUGUUGGAAGCAUCCUUUAAAGGAUAUUUCAAGAGAAAUUAGUUACAAUUGAUUGGUUUAGUUUAUAGGAAUAUUUUUGUUUUUUAAUUAAAAGAUAUUGA